GGCACUUAACUGGACAUGAGUGGGAUGGCAUCAGAUCACAACAAUUCUUCCCAGGAAGAAUACAUCCCACACUAUCUCCAAAAGGAAGACCCUUUUGCAUCAAAGCUCUCUAGAGAAGCUGACAUCAUAGCUGGCUUUUAUUUGACAAUAAUUGGGAUCCUUUCAACUCUGGGGAAUGGGUAUGUUAUUUUUAUGUCCUCAAAGCGAAAAAAGAAGCUGAGACCUGCUGAGAUAAUGACUGUUAAUUUAGCAGUGUGUGAUCUGGGCAUUUCAGUUGUAGGCAAACCCUUCAGCAUCAUCUCCUUCUUUUCCCACCGCUGGAUGUUUGGGUGGAUAGGCUGCCGCUGGUAUGGAUGGGCUGGCUUCUUCUUUGGCUGUGGGAGCCUCAUCACCAUGACAGCUGUCAGCCUGGACAGGUACCUGAAAAUCUGCCACUUGUCCUAUGGUACCUGGCUUAAGAGGCACCAUGCAUUUAUCUGCCUGGCAAUAAUCUGGGCCUAUGCUACAUUCUGGGCUACAGUUCCUUUUGCUGGGGUGGGGAGCUACGCCCCCGAGCCCUUUGGGACCUCCUGCACUCUGGACUGGUGGCUGGCACAAGCUUCAGUGGCUGGACAGGCCUUUGUUCUGAGCAUCCUUUUCUUCUGCCUCCUGUUCCCAACUGCGGUGAUUGUGUUUUCCUAUGUGAAAAUAAUCUUAAAAGUCAAAUCAUCCACCAAAGAAGUCGCUCACUACGAUACCAGGAUUCAGAACAGCCACAUUCUUGAAAUGAAGCUGACCAAGGUGGCAAUGUUGAUCUGCGCAGGGUUCCUCAUUGCCUGGAUCCCUUACGCCGUGGUCUCGGUCUGGUCAGCCUUUGGACGGCCGGACUCGGUCCCCAUCCCGUUCUCAGUGAUCCCAACACUGCUUGCAAAGUCAGCAGCCAUGUACAACCCCAUCAUUUACCAGGUCAUUGACUGCAAGUUUGCCUGCUGCCGGUCAGGAGGGCUGGAGGCCAAGAGCUCUUUGAAGAAAUCAAGGACAUACACAAUAUCUGCACCCAGGGACUCCACAGCGAUGAACGAAACCCAGCUGGAAGCAUGAGGGCUCAUCUCACUUACAGCAAGUGAAAACCUGAUGGCAAACCACCCUACUGGCUCAAGCCCCUCUUUCUGUAAAUGAAUUAAAACAUGCUGACAGGUUUAUUUUGCUCCCUAUUCCUAUGUGCAAUGUACAGUUCUUUCCAUCCUGACCAAAAUUGUGCAUUGGGAAAAUAUUCUAAGGACUCAGAGGAAGAAGAAACAGAGAAAAUUUGUUUUUUAUUAAAAAUUUUCCUUCACUUCAGAUACUUUAGAAUGCCCUUUUUUAUUUCUUCUUAUUACUAACAGAAAUGAUAGUUUGGGCAGUAUUUUCUCUCAGGGGAAGGAAAGUAUUCAUAAAGGCCAGUUUUAAUUUACCAAAGCUAAUCUCCCUAAAUUCCUGCUGCAGUCACUGGAGACCUGGAGCACGAAGGAAAGGAUUCCUUAGAGGAGAAAUCUGAGUUGGAGCUUCUCUUCUCAGGGCUCUGAAUUACACAGUGGGGAAAUAUUAGCUGACUGGAUUUCCCUGGUGAGCAUCUCUCCAAAUCAUGUGGCUACAAGCUGUGUUAAGCCCACUUUGACUCAGUCCUUCAAUAUUCAGAAAUAUUUUGAUUUUAGUCAUGGCAAAGUCAGAGGUGCCACAUUCAUAUACAGGAUCACUUUAUGAGAUACAAAAUAAUCAUUACUCAGUUGUGAAUGAAAGGGGAAAGGUCUCUUGCAGAAAUUGUAGAUUAAUUUAGGAGUUACGAAUAACUUUGUAAUAAAAAAGCAGAAGUGAAAUUAAGUCAGCCCAAGUCAAACAGAGCAAACCAUUAUUUUACACAUUAUUCUCUGGCCAAAAUUACAAUGAAGUGUGAUGGAAAUAAGCAGAAAGAUUCGAUAACUGAAUUUUUCACUGUGUAUUUUACUCAUCACAAUUCUUUAUGAGAUCAGUUCAUGAGACAUAAAAUGGCAAAAUGUUCCUCAAUCCAAACCAUGAACAAAAAUUCAAAACUGGUGUGUUUAUGAGAAGGGUCACAGCACUGAUAACAGAGGAGUCUUUCCAAAGUGCUGCUGCAGAGUAAGUUUUAAUCACUAAGUCCUAGAAGGAUGAGGAUUAGUAACUAUUUGAGAGAAUAAACUUCUGUAAAUUCCUAAUGCAUUCAACAGAAAAACAAAGUGUCUUGAAAAGACCUGCAGAGUAAGGCAGCCAAAAAACUUGUCUUGGAUAGGAGCCAUAAUCAUUCCUAUUAUCUCCUUUUUCUCCUUUGGAUUUAUCUUAAAGUGGAGGCAUCACUACAGAUCAAAACCAAGCAUUUCAGUGAAAGCAGAGUUUUAAUUCUUAAAAUAAUUAUUUUGAUGUUUCUCUAUAAUAUUUUUUUUUCAGGAAGGAUAUGAUUUUAUUAAAAGUAAGUUAAUUGCAAAUCAAAGAGUCUCCCAUGCAGAUUUCUGCUGAUUAUUAAAAAAAUACAAAGUUUCAAGGGCAAAUCUUUCUUCUGAGUUGUUCCUUUAAGGAAAGAAAGCAUUUAUGAGUUUCAAUUACUUUCCUGUUUAAUAUUUCCUGUUUAAGGUUAAUUCAGAAUUGUGUUUAAAACACAUUUUCUGCAACACUGAACUGAACUUCUUUUGUAGCUGAUUCAUGGUGAUGUUAAUAUUGCUUUAUACAAUAACAUUAUAAAGGUUUAAUCUGAUGUUUGUUGGCAUGUCCCAGAACUCCCAUUCUGCAGUUGCUAUUUUAUCAAAUGAUAUUCAGACCAUGUAGCAGAAUUUUGUUGAUUUUUCCUAAAGUAUUGUUUCCUCUGAAAUGUUUUAGCAAAAGAAGUUUGAAUAAAAAGGAAGAGAAUUUGCAGAGGUACUGAGUUGCUGUGCUACCCAUACAUUGCUUUGUAUUUUCCCCCAGAAGUCGAGUUCUUUCAUUUUGAAAUACCUUUCAGCAUAAGACAAACUACUUUCUUAACUACAGUUGCAAACCAUGCCCACAAAUUGAUCCAGAGCAUCUUUUACAAUAUCUGCAGACUUGGUUAUGAAGAUAUUAACAUGCUUGCCUGCAUCUUCCUGCAGCUUUUUUACCUUCUUCAUCCAGGCAAACUUUUGUUUGUAUCUUUAGGUGUUUAUCAUAACUAAAGUGUGAUGUAAAUCAGAGCAGUGUCCCUAAAAAUGAGAUUAGCUGGAGCUGUUGGUAAAAUUGUAGGAAUUGCUGACUACUCUGGCCAGAUUUAGGGGUAAAUCAACUCACAGUUUGUGCAUCAGCCCUUCCUCUAAUUUAAAUUCAGGAAGCUUUUUAUUUGAUAAAAUUAUAUACUUUCCUCAGAAUUGCUGCUGGGUCAUCCCAGAAGUGUAUACACACUUGUGGUAGGAUGAAUUUUAAAUUUUUAAAAGUGUAGGAUGUUUCUGGAUUUGUUAUAUAGUUGGAUUCCACUGUAACAAAUGCACUAGAUACAUGUGCUACCUAAAGAGUUCAGAGGUUUAGUAAACCCUCAAUAUGAACUUCCAGAAUAAUGAUAAAUGUGUUUCAUAUGACUUAAAGAUAUUUAUUUUCAUAUUAUUGAAAUUUAUUUAUUUUUUAUUCAGUGCCAUAACUAUUCUUGUCUGAAAACUCUGUUUUGCCAUGACUGAACAGUAUCUUGCCCUAGAAGAAAGUUUAGGAUUCCAGCUUGUGCAGGAGCUAGAGACAAGUUUAUGCUGAGCAUGUGUUCAAAUGAAAGAUGUUCCCCUGAACCAAGCAGGACAUGCACAUUUUGGCAUGCAGUGCUUAAUUUAAAUGCAGAAUCUGAACAUAGGAGCAAAUGGAUCUCAUUGGGUUCAGUGACAAAGGAGAACUGGAGCACUCUCUUUGUUCACCUGUAUAUAAAGCAGCUCACACAGUUUCUGCUCUGUUUGGGAUCACAGUGGUGGAGGAAUGAGGGGUCAUUAUGGAUUCACAUGUUCAAGGUCAGCUUUGAAUUGAUUUGAAGGUUGUAGCCAGAUGGUUCCAAAGAUAAUACUUUGCCACUGAUGCUCAGGAGAGAGUUUCUCCCUCUCCCUGUGCUGAGGCUGAUGAUUUUUAUAUAAAACUGAGAUAUGUAAGCUUGGUCUGAGGUCAUCAAAAGACAGCAAAUCUCUCACUUUCCUCUUUUCUUCUAAAUGUUUUACAAAUUUCAAACUUAUGCCAUUUUGUGAUCUGAGCUUUGUCAAAGGACCAACAGUGUAAAACCUACUCAGUGUGAUGAAUGAGUAAGGAAUAUGACUCUGAAGGAAGAUUUAUUUAUUGCAUUUUCAAUAUUUCAUCCUCCUUGUUAUUUUAAGGAAUUUCCUCUUUUUGUGUAUAAACACUAAACUAAAUGUUUUUCAAUGAAAAUAGUAUCAUCAAGAAUAAUAGCUAUAAAUGAAGAUCUUUUACUAUGUAACCUUUGUGUACAUUCAGAGUGGGCUGCCAAGAGGCAAAAUUCUAUUUGAAUUCGCUGUUCAUGGUUUGAAGGAAGUAAUAGACACAGGCUAAGACUGAACUUAGAUAAUGAGCUGACCUGGACCCCAAGAUUGAGAGCAAGAGAGUAGUGAGAGCAGUAUUGUACUUUGAAGUGAUAGUGAAAUUAUGCAAAGCAUGAGGACAUGGAAAUUUUUUAUUUGUCAUUUUCAGUCAUAGAUGAAGAAUGACUAUAAUUAGUCAUUUUAUAUUUAUGACUAUAAUUAGUCAAAUAUAUAUAUUUCCAAGUCUUCUGCAGACUUGGAAAUCUGUUGACAAUGAAGAAAUAUUAAGAUUUAAAAUGCCCGAAGAGGCUCUUGAAAUAGGAGAUUUAAACAAACUUUUAUGAGAGAAGUUGAAAAAAAUAAAGUCCUAAACAUGUAAGUUAUGGUUGUGGGAUUUUGGAAGACAGUAGAGAGCAUUUGUCCAUGCAGGUGAAUGCAGCUGUAGCAAAUUUUAUUUCUAGACCUGUAAUAAAAAUUAAAAGAACCCAACCUAACAAGUGACUUGUUAAAAACAUUUUUCACCCACAGCACAAGACUGCUGAUAGCAGAAGAUUUUGGCUUUAUGGCAUUGAAAGUGAAAGAGAAAAUUAAUGUGUCUUCAUAUGAAGAGAAUGGGAUUAAUGAAUGACAGGCACAAUGAUAGUGAAUGGAAUUCCUUGGUGGAACUUUUCCCUUGGCUGACAAUAUCUUUUAGAGGUUGUUCCACCUACACAGGGUAUGGGGUGUUCUUGGUCAUGAGAAUAAAUCUGAAUAACUGCUAAAUGACCAGGCACUUAUUUCUCCUGUAAUUCUACAUUAUUCAUUUUAUGUUUGUGUUUCCACCUCCUCUCCCCACCAGGGAACUUUCAGACACAUCAGGAUCCCUCAUCCCUCAUCCUGCAUCCCUCAGGAAAGCUGCUUUGGCAUCUUUUUUAGUCACAUUUCCCAGCUCAGGAUGUCCCCACGUGAGCCUCGCCCUGGGUAAGAAGCUCUUGGCCAAUGAUGUUCACCAUAAGAAUUCAAUUUCUCUUCUUCCCUCCUCUCAAAGAAGGUUUGGUUGGUUCCCCCCACCUCUGUAUUUUCCCAGGUUUCACAGACCUUUGCAGGUCUCUGGGCCCACAGAAGAACACUUAGCAGCCUGAAACUAGAUUCCCUGGAUAGCUGCUGAUGAGUACCACCAUUUCUAUCACCAUGUUUAAACUGUUCUGCAGCUCUUGUGCAUCCCAUACUGACCUUUCUCUUGUCUACAUGCUUUGCUUUUCAGGAUGGCUCAUAUUCUCCUUCACUUGGAACAUGGUGCCCAUGGUGAGGGCUGUUUUUGUAACUCUCUGGAAUGAUCUUCACUUCCCCAGUUAUGCCUGUUUCACUGUGCAGCUGGGGGAGAGGGUCUUGGACAUAUAAGCCAGAGCAAAACCUCCUGAAAUACAAGGUGUAGUUACAGAUUUCCAUGCUCUCAUUACUUCUGAACUCACAGGAUGCCUCACUAGUUUUGAAUAAAGAGCCUCUUUCAGUCAC